AUGCAGGAUCUAAUACCGGAAAGGUGCCGACCGACGAGACCGUUCACUAAUUGCGGCGUCGAUUAUGCCGGACCUUAUCACGUCCGAGAUUCUGCAGGCCGAGGAAAGACGGCUCACAAGGCGUAUAUUGCCGUAUUUGUGUGCUACCAGUCUUCGAUCGGUUUGUAUCGAGACGCGGAGUUCCUGUCUGCGUACUUAGCGACAACGGAACAAAUUUCGUCGGAGCGAGUCGAGAAUUGGUACGAGAAUUCCACCGAUGCUAUACUUCUGCGUAUCGAGAUGCGUGACCGAUGCAGCGAACUAGGAGUGAUAUGGAAAUUCAAUCCUAGCGCGCCUCAUUUUGGCGGAAUGCAAGAGGCCGGCGUCAAAUCGGUAAAGCAUCACCUGAAGAGAAUUAUGGGAGACUUCACUCCUACAGGAGAAGAAAUGCAAACUCUGCUUUGCAAGAUCGAGGCCACGUUGAAUUCCUGCCCGAUCUCUCCUCUGAGUGAAGACGCAGACGAUUACGCGGUCCUUACGCCAGAUCAUUUCCUCGUAGGUGGACCGCUGAAUGUACUCCCUAAAGAAUCCGUGGAAAUUGAGAAGCUCACGCGUUUGACACGCUGGCGAGCGGUUGCAGGACCCGGAGCCUAG